AUGGCUCCAAUCCCGAGUCGGGCGAGGGUCUAUGGCGAAAUCAAUCCGUCAAGACCUCGCGAGUACUGGGACUAUGAGGCUCAUAUGAUUGAAUGGGGUCAAAUCGAUGAUUAUCAGCUCGUGCGCAAGUUGGGGCGUGGAAAGUAUUCGGAGGUUUUCGAAGGAUUCAAGAUGAGCACUGACGAGAAGGUCGUCGUCAAGAUUCUCAAGCCUGUAAAAAAGAAGAAGAUCAAGCGUGAGAUCAAGAUUUUGGAGAAUCUGCGCGGAGGAACGAAUAUCAUCACUCUGCUUGACGUUGUGAAAGAUCCCAUAUCGAGAACACCAGCACUGAUUUUCGAGCAUGUGAACAACUCGGACUUCAAGCAGUUGUAUCAAACAUUGAGUGAUUUCGAUAUUCGUUAUUAUCUCUAUGAGCUUUUGAAGGCUCUCGACUUCUGCCACUCCCAGGGAAUUAUGCACAGAGACGUGAAACCGCACAAUGUAAUGAUUGAUGCCGAGAAGCGGGAACUGCGAUUAAUAGAUUGGGGAUUGGCCGAGUUCUAUCAUCCAAGACAGGAUUACAAUGUUCGAGUCGCUUCAAGAUACUUCAAAGGACCAGAACUUCUUGUCGAUUACCAGUGCUACGAUUACUCGUUGGAUAUGUGGAGUUUGGGUUGCAUGCUGGCAAGCAUGAUCUUCAGAAAGGAACCAUUUUUCCAUGGACACGAUAACUAUGAUCAGCUGGUACGCAUUGCGAAGGUUCUGGGAACCGAUGAACUUUACGAAUACAUUGAGAGAUAUCACAUCGAUCUUGAUCCACGUUUCAACGACAUUCUCGGAAGACACUCGCGAAAGCGCUGGGAGAGAUUCAUUCACGCUGAAAAUCAACACCUUGUGACUCCUGAGGCACUCGAUUUUCUUGACAAACUUCUCCGCUACGAUCAUGCGGAACGUCUAACCGCCCAAGAAGCAAUGGCUCAUGAGUACUUCCGCCCUGUUGUCGAGAGAAGCCGUGCCAAUGGAAACGAUCAUGGAGCUGAUGGACAGGGUGCAUCCAACACCGCCUCUUCUCAAUCGUCCGAUGCCAAAAUUGACGGCGCCUAA